AUGGUGAUGAUAAUCGAUUCUCAAUGGAAUGAAUGCAACUUAAAAGCAUUUAAAGGCAGCUUCAGAGAAAAAGGAAGAGAUAGAGAGAAUAAGAAUGCGGGUGGCUUGGGUUUUAAAAGCAUUGAAGCUUUUAAGUAUGCAAUGCUUGAAAAACAAGCUUGGAAGUUGUUAUCAGAUCCAAGCAAUUUAAUCACAAAAUUAUUCAAAGCUAAAUAUUUUCCUAAAAGUGAUUUUCUUGAUUCGAGCAUUGGGCAUAAUCCUAGCUAUGUUUGGCGAAGCAUUUGGAGUGCUAAAUUUAUUGUUCGUGGCGGAUAUAAGUGGAGUAUUGGUACUGGUAACCAUAUCCCGGUUUGGAAUCAUAAAUGGAGCUUGGAUGGUGAUAUUUUUACACGACCGAUACAUAUGAAUCAUGUGAUGGACACUAUGAGAGUCUCAGAUUUGUUGAUGUCUGAUUCAAAGAUGUGGAAUUUGCCUCUUAUUUGCUCCUUGUUUGAUGAUAGUAGUGCAAGGAAAAUUUUGAAAACUCCUCUGUUAGACUCAGUUCCAGUCGACAAAGUUAUUUGGAGAUUAGAAAAGGAUGGGCACUAUUCAGUUAAGAGUGCAUAUCGUUAUUGCAAUGACGAGGCCAUUGAUACUACACAUCUGAAGGUUCCAGGUCAGUGGCAUUAUAUCUGGAAAGCAACGGCUCCACCAAAAAUUAAGAACUUUAUUUGGCGGUUAUGUCGUAAUUGCAUUCCGACUAGAUUUCGACUGAACCAAAAGGGUGUUAAUUGUCCUGGUAAUUGUGUGUUUAACUCAGAGCAUUCAACGUUGUUCAUGGUGACAUUAUGGAGCAUUUGGCAACAAAGAAACAAUAGGGUGUGGGGGAAUAAAAUUGAACCAACUCAUGUAGUUUGUGACAGAACCACCAACUUAUUAUUGGACUGGAGAAAUGCACAACAAUACAAGCAACGGAACUGUAUGCAGCAACAACAAGUAACUGAAACUCGUUGGCAAAAGCCGCAUACAGGGCGGUACAAGUGUAACAUAGAUGCUUCGUUCUCUGUUCGGCAGAAUAAAGUUGGAAUAAGAAUGUGUAUACGAGAUGAUCAAGGACAAUUUGUUCUAGCCAAAACUGAAUGGAUGUCACCCAUCACAGAUACUGAUAUUGGUGAAGCUCUUGGUUUGCUUAGCGCUCUGAAAUGGAUUCAUGAUUUGCAGCUAGAAAAUGUGGACUUUGAACUAGACUCCAAGAAUGUUGUUACAAGCUUUCAUAGUAAGCACAAUAAUGUGUCUGAGCUUGGUGAUGUUAUUAGAGAUUGUGUUCGUUUGCACAAAACUUAUUUUAGAAACUCUAGUGUUGAGUUUAUUAGGAGACAAGCCAAUGAGGAUGCUCAUGCUCUAGCAAGGGUGGCCACUUCUAUAGCUAGUUUCCACCUUUUCAUUGAUAUACCCACUUGUAUUGUUAACAUUCUAAAUAAUGAAAUGCUAUAA